GUCUUUGUAGACAACCGACCAUUCAUAUGAAAAUUAAUAAUGAUGAUGAAGUACUAUGCUUCUGUGUUUAUUAAUUUUGGCAUGUGUGAGUUGUUAUUGUUAAUAUGUGUUUGUAUGUGAAUAAAUGUAUCAAUAUGGAUGAUUUUGAUGUGUUUUUAUUUUUAUUUUUUGGUUUGUGUCAGCAACCAUGUCUGAGCAAAGUAAGAGAGAGUUGAGCACGCAACAGCAGGUAGUGGUGAGCUCUCGUUGGAACCCAACGCCGGAGCAGUUACAGACACUGGAAGAAUUGUAUCGACGGGGGACUCGAACGCCCUCCGCCGAGCAGAUUCAGCACAUCACUGCACAGCUCCGUCGAUACGGCAAGAUUGAAGGCAAGAAUGUCUUCUACUGGUUUCAGAAUCACAAGGCCAGAGAAAGGCAGAAACGACGCCGUCAACUUGAAUCAGCUUCUGAUCAUGAACAAUACUCAUGUGAUUUAGAGAACACAGAUCAAAAGAAAGAACCAGGUAAUUAACAAACCCACACCAUAUAUAUAAUCUCUAAACUUAUCUUUUUCAUGAAAUUGAUAU